AUGACCUUGGACCGGUUUAAAACUAUAAGCUCCUUUGAAUUCAAGACUAUUUCUCUAGUAAUGAAGUACAUCAGAUCUUCAAAUAAUCGUUUCCUUAAUGCAGGUGGGAAAUACAGAAAGCUUUCAACCCUCGAAUCAUCAAGUAUAUCUGUCUAUCCUGUAGCUGAUCUAAUGAGAGCACGUGCUGAGUUUAUUCACCAAUGGAAUGUAUCGAUGUCCAACCAUUCUGUAGCCAAGUCAAUCAAAAGUGAUCAUUACAAAUAUCCACCAAAUAUAACUAUGAGAAAUUAUCUAGAAUAUCCAUUUCAUGAUAACGCACCGGAAGUAUUUCCGUUUCUUCGGACUACAAAAAAUAUAAACACAACCCAAGUGGUAAAGUCUAAAGUUGUAGAACAGUCACUUGAACGUCAUAAAGUUGAAAUUAAAGUCGAUAAUAUAUCUGAUAAAGAAUUUAGGCGUGUUUGUAUGCUGCUCACUGAUAAGGCUUGUUUAUUUGAAGAUUCUGUACAAUUAGCUAAUCAAUAUCAAUGCAUAUCAGCAUGCUAUUUUAUGUGUGAUUAUUGUGAUUACAUUGGUAGGACAGAGAAUGAUGCCCAGAUACAUUUGGAACAAACAAAUCAUUUGACAUGCAGUAAAUAUUCACCUUGCUAUUAUACAAAUGAUUGCAAUGACAUGUCAAGUGAGCUGCAAAAGCCACGUGUUAUCUCUAAUAAUUCAGAUAGAAUCUAUGGUUGGCAUGUUGGUGAUACAGUAGUGUGCUGUCCUACUUGUAACUUACCAUUCUUGGAUAAGAUUAUGUGUGCAUAUCACCACUGCUUACAACAUACUGAAAACCAGUCUCUCUUUACUUACGGGAAGGUGUUGAUUGUAAGAGUUUUAAAAAUUCAAGAACCACUAGUAUGUCCUGGUUGCCAACAAUAUUUUCAUACAUUAGAUAAAAUUAUGAAUCACUGGAUUACUUCAUCUAGUUGUAAUUCACCGUUUAUGCCAAUUUCAAACAAUAAGGAUUGUAUAGAUGCUCUUUGUGUUCUCUCUGUAUCAUGUAGCAUCUGUCAACGUAGUUUUACAGCAGUUCCAUCGUUGGAAAUAGAAGCUGAUCAUCCUGGUCAGAAGAGAAAACAUCCGUCAAACAGAGAAAAUACCUACAGGUCACCAGCUUCUUGGGCAAAAGAUUUUGGUCAUUUUUGUAUUCGUCAUGCCUUUGAACAUAUAAAUCAGGGUAGAUUUCCCUUGUGUAGCUUGAAAAUACGGAUUAUAAGUGUACCGAAAUCUGUUAACUGUCUUCCUCCCAUCACUAGUACAAAUAAUUCAAGCAGAUUGCAUUUUAACCUCAGCGAAUGUAAACGUCUUAUUUCAUAUCUUGAAAAUCAUGAAUGGAAUUCCUAUUUACUUAAACAGGCUCAGAAAAGCUUUAGAGAUUUAUUUUUCGACGCUGUUUCCUAUGUCUCAUAA